UUUUCACACUGUAAUUCCCCCGUGCGAUUGCUCUUCAGGCCUGGGACGUUUUCUGCACGCGGCUUCCUGGGUGUGGUCCCUCCCCUCUUCCCCGCCUGGCUUGCCAGUGUUUCCAGCAUAGAAUCUGUUCUGAAUUAAUUUGUCUCUGAAACGACUUAGAAUCAUAUUGAUACUUUUAAAGACCCCUGAUCAUAACAUUGCUGAUUGAAAUGAGUGAUUUCACUUAAGCUUUGGAGGGAAUAACUGGUCAGCUAGCUAACUUGGCACAUCUCCAAGCCAUAUCAUGUAUUCUUUGUUCUUUCCUUAAGAAUUGUCUUAAGAGCCUGGAUAUACAUAUUAUAGCUCAGGGCCAGAGCCCUUGCCUGCCAUUUAUGUAGCCCUGGGUUCAAUCUCUGAUACUACAAAAGCAAAUAAACAAAAACUUUGUAGCCAAAAGGUUACCUUCCCAGAAACUGUGGGAUGGGAGAGAGUGAGUUAAGAACCUUGACUCUGGAAUGCCCACCAAGAUCAGGGGCAGCAGGCAGGUCCUGGCCCUGCAGUGGGCACCUCUCAAUCUGAUGCCAUUCCAGCAGACACUGCUCUGAGAGUCUCCUUAGUCCACGAGGGAGAAGCAGCUAGAGCAGCUGUGACUCAGAAGGCCUCCAGUCUUGAGUUACAAAAGGACCCAGGCCUAGCACAGCCUGAGCAGUCUGCAGUGCUGAGCUUGCUGUGUCUGUGCGUGUCUGCUCUCAGCAGCUCUGCUGACAAUGGGAAGCUGUGGACAAGCUGUGAUGACUCUGUUCCAUCUAGACCCCUCCCAUGAACUGGGAACGUCAGGCUUCGGCUGCCAGGUAGCAGCGCCUCGCACCAGAGCUUCAGGACUGUUGAUGGGACCUGAGCCACUGAUAACAAGCUUGAUCCACAGUACCCAUCCCUCACCCUCCCCGGACAGGAAUAUUGGAGGAUUUUUUGCUUAAAAAAAAGUUUCCUUCUUUGUGACAGGGUCUCGCUUUGUAGCCUUGGUUGUUCUAGACUCAGUAUAUAGCCAAGGCUGACUCCAAACUUGAGGCAAUCCUCCUGCCUCAGCCUUCCAAGUGUUGGGAUUACAGAUGUGUGAACAGCUCAGAAAGUUUUGAUACUUAGACAAGCAGCCCGAGUCACCUUCCUUCCUACAGGGGUCUGAAGUGUAGUAGCACCUGGUGUUCUCUGAGUGAGCUGCAGGGGAAAGAGGGAUACCCGGAGCACUCCGGACAUUAGGGAAGAUGUUGCUUCCCGCCUGCUUUGGGGGAUAUCUGUGAGAAGCAAAGUGUGGGUCAGUGUGUGGAACCGAGAUAAGGCCAGCAGCCACAUGGGCAGGCGAAGAGACAAAGGCAGUGCCGUGCUGAGCAGGAGAGCCCCAGCCAGCCUCACCCUGUGCAGAUGCACCUUUUCUGUUGAGUUCUGGCCAACAGAUGGGGGCUGCUGUACAGAACAGUCAAGCCUUAACAGGGGGGCUGCGUAAUUACCAGGGUAAUGCGGGGUUGACAGUGGCCACAGGCAAGCACUGCUGUCUGCAGACGACAGAACUCCACAGCUCCUCCUAAUUGCCAUGUAGACACUUGGCCUGCAAUCAUGAGAUGCUUAAAAAGCUUUCCUUAGGCUGGGGACAGAACCCAGGAUUUUACGAGCUAGGUAGAUGCUGUGUGUCUAUGAAGCUGCUCUACUUAAAAGCCUAGCUACACUUGUCCUUAGCUAAGAGGUCAGGAAUCCUGCCUGCCGCCCUCACACAUGCACACAGUGUGUAUUUUUAAAAGCCAAGUUUGUAAGUGCUUAUGGUGAGGUUUCCAAUUUUGUUUCAGUUUUGUUUUUUAAGGUGGUUUUUGUUGACAUGGUAUCUCAUGUAGACCAGGUUAGCCUGGAACCUGCUGUGUAGCUGAGAGUGACCUUGGAUUUCUGAUCCUUCUGUUUCUACCUCCCUGAUGCUGAGGUUAUACGCGUUUACCACCACACCUUGCUUCCAUCUUUUCUUUUCUUUUCUUUUCUUUUCUUUCUUUCUUUUUUUUUUUGUUUGUUUUUGUUUUGUUUUGUUUUUAUUUUUUCGAGACAGGGUUUCUCUGUGUAGCCCUGGCUGUCCUGGAACUCACUCUGUAGACCAGGCUGGCCUCGAACUCAGAGAUCCACCUGCCUCUGCCCCCCGAGUGCUGAAAUUAAAGGCAUGCGCCACCACCGCCCUUCUCUUCUCUUCUCUUCUCUUCUCUUCUUUUCUUUUUUGAGACAAGGUCUCUCACUUUGUAGCCCUGGCUGACCUGGAAAUCUCUAUACAGCAGGCUGGCCUUGAACUCAUGGAGAUCUGCCUACUUCUAGCUCUGCUUCUGCCUCCCAAGUGCUGGCAUUAAUGGUGUGCUGCACCCAGCCCAUUGCUCUAGUUUUUUGAGUGUUUACAACACCAUUUUUCUCAUAAACCCAUAGGCUGCCUGUCGUAGCCUCUGCACUUCAGAGAACACAGACAUGUCUGUGUUUGCCUUGAGUAGGCUACAGUACCUUGACAGCCUAGUCUCCUCUUUCCCCCCUUUCCCUUCCUCUCCUCCGUCUCUCUCUCUUCUUUCUUUUGCCUGUCCUGUCCCUCCCUGAGCCCCAGUGUCCUGUCUUUUCAGGUCUUGUUGGUGUUACUAACUUUUGAGGGAAAGAAUAAUGGAACACAUUUUUAGCUUGAGCUAGUUGUGUGAAGCCCUUCAAGGACAGGGUCCUAAGGGUAGAUGUCGAACCACUGCUGGCCGGGCCUUGUAGGGAGAAAGACCCUCCACCAAUUGAGUUCCCAACAGGCACCAGUGUGAUGUGCUGGCUUCUCUCCACAAGGCUUGUCUUCAGCUUUGUCUUCUGAAGAGUGUGACUCGGAUGUGGAGCUGCUGCGCAGUGAGCACCUGAGCCCCUCCCAGCAGCACCUCCAGCGUCUGUGUUAGCUUUCCUUCUCUCCCUGCAUGCCUGUGGAGCCUGAUGCCAGACUUCUGGUCAGAAGGCUGCCGUAGCUAACAAAGUACGCUGCCCAGGCUUCUCACUGUGAACCUGCAGUCUGUUCACCACAGAGAAGGGUUGUUGGCUCAGAAGGCUGAGGAGGCUUGAGCUCAGCACCUCCAGGACAUAUUCCUCUCGGACCUCGGGGCAGCUCUCCCCUCGCUGCUGUCCGCUUCCCCUUGUUUAUUCAUGUGGAACACAGACAGCUCCGAGCCCCUCACCAGGGUCAGUCUUCUCCCAGUGACCUGGUAAAGCUAGUCCAAGCUUGUGUACUAUCCCCACCCUGGGGCCCUCACCGCAGAUGGCUAGAAGGCAGGAAGACAGCUCCCGUAGGCUGUGGGUGCUGAACAGGGAGACCAGAGGCUGCCUGCCUAGUGCACUCUAUUGAAAACCUGCAGAGCACAACCCACUGCCACUUAGGGCACAGUUGAGCCAUUGAUCUUCCUUGCUGUUACUAUGUGUGGCAAGGACAAAAAGGUGGCAAGUCUGGGCCUGGGCCUGGCUGGCAGUGCAGGGCCUGAGGGCCGUGGCCACCUGGCUGCUGGGUGGAGCUGCUUUCCCGUAGUCCUCUUCCCUCCCCGGCUGCCUGCCUUCUGUCUGUGGCUCUGGCUUAUGCUCACGUAGAUCCUGAGAACACAGCCAAGAGAGGGGCAACAGGCAGCUCGCAUGCAUGUGCUCACUGUUGAUGAGGGAGGCAGGGUGUGGGAACCGGAGGGGACACCCGGCGGGCUCUGGUUUUCUCCUGGCCGCCUCAGACUCCUGCACCCAUCACCAGAGCUGCCAAGUUAUGGAGUGAUAACUGAGGGGGAGGGGUGACUGGCCACCAGCAUGUUUCUUUCCGGAGGGUUACUCAGUCACCCCAGUCAAGUGAUUCCAACCGCACCUCCUCUGGGGGUCACGGUUCCACGCAUUUUCUUAUGUCUUUGGUUUUCUGAAAUAGUCUUAUAGCUCAGGCUGACCUGGAACUUGUGUGUUGCUGAAUGUGACCUUGUACUCCACACCCUCACCUACACCUCCUAAGUGUGUGCACCUUACAAGCGUGUGCUCCUAUGCCUAGUUUAUGUUGCUCGGGAUCAGACUGAGGGCCUCAAGCAUGCUUAGCCAUUGCUCUAGCCCAGCUCCCACUUUCUAAUCUGGCCUGAGGCUCUGCUUCCAGCUACUCUGCCCUCCAGGACAGGGCUCUGGCUCCGGGCUAGAGAGUAAGAAUAGGAAAGCUUGGGGCCAGUGCCUACACAGUAGGGAGAGGGUUGCUGGUGAGCUUGGUGGCGCUCAGUACUGGUAGCAGUGCGCCCUAUGGUCAAGUGCUGCCUAUAAGACCCGAGGGCCCAGCUUCCAGUCAGCAGCCCAGGCUGCACCCUCUGGUGGCCACUGGCUUUUGGCACUUUCUUGGAUAUUGCAAAUCUGAGUGGAGGCUGGGUUUGGUCACAGUUGGCACAAGUGACCUGAUGGCCAAGGAGGCUGGGCAGUGCAUGCUAGGGAAAGUCGACUUCCGUGCGGCGGUGCUAGAACAGAGUGUGGUGCAGCUGGGAAACCAGGCUCAGCACUGUGUCCUGGCCUCCUGCUCCUGUGCUAGUUUCGCAUUUGGCUCCCUGAUAUCUGCAGUCGACCCAGUCGCCACUAUUGCGAUUUUCAACGCACUGCAUGUGGACCCUGUGCUCAACAUGCUGGUGUUUGGAGAAAGCAUUCUCAACGAUGCAGUCUCCAUCGUCCUCACCAACACGGCUGAAGGUCUAACAAGAAAACAUAUGUCAGAUGUCAGUGGGUGGCAAACGUUCUCACAGGCCCUUGGCUACUUCCUCAAAAUGUUCUUUGGCUCCGCAGCACUUGGCACGCUGACUGGCUUGAUUUCAGCAUUAGUGUUGAAGCACAUUGACCUGAGGAAAACGCCUUCCCUGGAGUUUGGCAUGAUGAUCAUUUUUGCUUACCUGCCAUAUGGGCUGGCAGAAGGAAUCUCACUCUCAGGCAUCAUGGCGAUCCUGUUUUCUGGCAUCGUGAUGUCACACUAUACACACCAUAACCUCUCCCCAGUCACCCAGAUCCUCAUGCAGCAGACUCUCCGAACUGUGGCCUUCCUGUGUGAAACGUGUGUGUUUGCAUUUCUUGGCCUCUCCAUUUUUAGUUUCCCUCACAAGUUUGAAAUUUCCUUUGUCAUCUGGUGCAUAGUGCUGGUCCUGUUUGGCAGAGCCGUCAACAUCUUCCCUCUGUCCUACCUGCUGAACUUCUUCCGAGAUCACAAAAUCACCCCCAAGAUGAUGUUCAUCAUGUGGUUCAGUGGUCUUCGAGGGGCCAUCCCCUAUGCACUAAGCCUGCACCUGGGCCUGGAGCCCAUGGAGAAGCGUCAGCUCAUCGGCACCACCACCAUCGUCAUCGUGCUCUUCACCAUCCUGCUGCUGGGCGGCAGCACCAUGCCCCUCAUCCGCCUCGUGGACAUCGAGGAUGCCCGGGCUCGCCGAAGGAGCAAGAAAGACGUCAACCUCAGCAAGACUGAGAAGAUGGGUAAUGCCAUCGAGUCAGAGCACCUGUCAGAGCUCACUGAAGAAGAGUACGAAGCUCACUACAUCAGACAGCAGGACCUCAAAGGCUUCAUGUGGCUGGAUGCCAAGUACCUGAACCCCUUCUUCACACGGCGGCUGACACAGGAGGCCCGCAGAGGACGGCAGUUACCAGCCUCCUUCCUGCUUCUCUGCCAGGCCACAGAGAAAGCCUUGGAAGGCUGCUUGCUCAUCUCACACCAUGCCUGGGCCAUGCCUUCCUCACCUCUGGAGCAGCAGCUGGCAGGCACAUCUGCCAUUUGUCCUGGAAUUGUCACGGUGCCUUGGUGUCAGCAGCAGUAACUUGGUGCCAAGGCCAAGAGAGAACAGCCCCUGGUCUGCGUCUGUGUCCCCAAGAGAGAGGCUGAAGGACUUUCUCGACAUGGUCCUGGCACUUCCCAGCCUGCUUUUGGGAAGGCUCCUAUGGCCCCUGUGGGCACAAUGAAAAUGUUUACACUGAUGCAUGGCAGGGUUCAGCCUGAAUGCUUCUAGCAAAGGUGUUCACCCAUCCCCUGGGUUUGGAGUGUUCUCUGAAGAGACAAAAUGGAACCCAAGUGUGGGAGUCACCUCCACGUCCCCUCUCCUAUCUCCCACUGCCUCAUCUCUCAUUCUUCUGUCUCCCCAGCGGCCUCUUUCUAGACCCUGUAAUGUGAAGCUCCUUCCACCCAGCUGCUGGUCAGAGCCCAGCUUUGUCUUUUACCAGUUUCUGGAGCUUGGGUCCUCUGCCCUCCAUGCCACGGCCCCAGCUCUCCAGGGCACUGGGGCCGUGCUCUCCACUUGGGCCACUUGGAUUCCGGGGACUUUGGGUCACAGAAACACACACCCAUGCAUGUCGCAGGAUAAGGGGCUGGAUCCUACCACAAGCAAUGGUUGUUGCCUGAUGUCCUCACCUGCCCUUUUACGAGUGGUGCCCUCUGCCCAUCCGUGGCCCUUCAGCGACUACCCAUGUGGGCCUUCAUCCGCCACUGUACUCUGGGUGGCUUAGUUGUAUAUGGCCCUGACUCACAAUGGGGACCAAGUAGGCCUUGAUGCAGGUGUUUCUAACCUCAGGUACUGUGGUUCUGAUGUUGGGAAGGACAGCCAGGUCUCUAAUGCCCUGCCACCUCACUGUGCUGCAGAAGUCGGUGAAGUUGGAAACAUGCAGUUUGCUUCUGUACAGCAGCUCACGUGUCCUUGGCAAAGCCAAGGUAUGGUCCUCUUCCUUGUCUCUCACCUUAGCCCUGGAACUGGAGCCGCUCACUUUGUGGCCUUGUGUAAUGAUGGGGUUAAGGGGCUGUGUUCAGGCUGGGUUGUUCUCUUUCUGAGAACUCAGGUUCCAUCUUUGAGAUGAAGAAUCAGGGUAUCAUUCCGUUGGCCCCUUGUCUCCAGGUCUCCUGUCCCUGGUCCAUCAUUCUUGGCCCCUCCUUCUAGCUGAGACCUGAAGCCAGCUUCCCAGAGCUUGGUGAGAAUGUUAGCUCUGCACACCAGCUUCACUGAGCACCAGCUCUGCUGAGCACCAGGAGGUGCCUCUGCCUCUUGCUGGAGGACAUAAGCUUAGCACCCUGAGAGACUGUCCAGCCCUUCAGAGCCAUUGGCCAGGGAGCAAAGUGCUAGAUGCCUUUCCUUUUUCAGACGUUUUACCUGAGAGACAAACUGCUGCCAGCACCUCUCAGACCUGCUCGUUCUGAUGUGUGCGUGCGGUGGCAAAAGCGCAGAUGCUACAAGAUGCUGCCCCAGUUGCAUUUCAGGUCUAGGCCAAGGGGCAGGCCAGCUGGGCACACAGAAGCUAAUAUACUUAAGAGUAGGGAGGGACAUGGGUGCCCUUGGGUACCUGGCACUUUAGCCAGUAAGCAUGCCACCCUGUACUUGCUGGUGGUCCAUCCCUGCACUAUUUCCAAGCCAGGUCUUGGGAUCAGUGACUUGCUUCCUGCAGUGCUGUGGUCACAGGCCCCUCCAGUCAGCCAUGUCUAGCAGCUUGGCAGGCUGAGGGGCUCGGUGUGCAGAUUUCUUUUUGUGCAGCAGAAUGCCAAGAGACUGAGCAGAGAGUCUUCUUAAAACCUACCCUAAGGGCUGCCAGGUCCAUGUGCCCGUGGUAGGUCUGGGGCCAGGCAGCUGCUGCUGUCCUGAUCCCCCCUCCCUUAGCUAUGGAUCCUUGUAGUAGAGGUCAGCCGCUCCUGGCGCAAACAGGAUCCAGUAGCUGUCUGCCACCCACGAGGUUUCUAAGAUACCAUGUGGAGACAGGGUCCUCCCCAUCCUUUUCAGAAAUAGCAGCUUGUUUUCUCUGCUGGCAUGUGUCCAGGGCACCAGGUCCCAGCAGGGGGAGGCAGACUGUUAACUGAACGCGCAUAGGAACAGGAGGCAGCGAGAGCCUGUGGGAGGAAGGGCCUUCUAGUGACCCUGCUUCUCCAUCCUGCCUCCCUCCUGUCCACCCAGUUUCAGAGUUGGGAGGGGAGGAGCCAUGGCUCCCUCACCCAGGCUUGGUGGCUGUGGCCCUGUUUUAGAGCCAUGGCAGCACAGGCUGGUGAGUGGUAGAGUUGUACUGAAGGCUCUCUUCACAAGCCUGGGUUUCUUUCUUCUCUGACAUGGAGGGUUUUGGAAGCCCUAGUUUUCUGUUGUGAUUUAAGGAGACUGGCCGGGAGCCAUUGUUCAAGGUCCCUGAGGCCUUUGCUGCUUUGGGAAGGGCCUGGGGUCUGAGCUUGGGGGGGGGGGAAGCUGUCGCUCCCUCAUCUGGAGCUUCCCUCUUGCCUGUCUACUCCCCUCACCCUCACUGCUGAAUUGGGGGAAGGGUGCCCCAGGUCACAUGACUGGAUAGUUAGAAAUAAAGUGCUAUGUAGUCAGCUGA